AUGUUAGGCUACGGCAUGGCUGCGGACGCCGUGGAUGAAUACGUUCGAAUCAGUGAGUCAACCGCUCGAGUUUCCCUUCAACGUUUUUGUACCGGGAUCAUAGAUCAGUUCGGAACUGAGUACAUGCGAAACCCUACAACUGAUGAAUUGGCCAGAAUACUGCAUCAAAAUGAACUGCGUGGUUUUCCAGGCAUGAUAGACAGCAUUGAUUGCAUGCAUUGGGAAUGGAAGAACUGUCCAACGGCUUGGAAAGCGCAGUACGCCGGUAGGAACAAGAAAGCAACGCUAAUACUGGAAGCCGUUGCAGAUCAGGAUUUAUGGAUAUGGCAUUCCUUCUUUGGUAUUCCUGGAUCUUGUAAUGACCAUAAUGUCUUAUACCGUUCCCCAGUGUUUGAUGAGGUUCUGCAUCGUCGAGCUCCUCCGGUAAAUUUUACCGUUAACGACCAUGAAUACAACAUGGCAUAUUACUUAGCUGACGGUAUUUAUCCGAAGUGGGCAACUUUUGUUCAGGGUAUCACAACCCCUCAACUUCAGAAAGAUAAAAUGUUCGCUGACCAUCAGGCUGCUGCUCGAAAGGACGUUGUAAGAGCAUUCGGUGUUUUGCAAGCUCGAUUUGCAAUAAUACGAAAACCGUCACUGGCGUACGAUGAGGACAUACUGCGAGACAUAAUGAAAGCAUGUAUCAUUAUGCACAACAUGAUUGUUGAAGAUGAGCGCCACAACUACACUCGAGCCGAAGUUCUAAGAGCCUUCUACGAAGAAGAUCAACAAGAAUUAACACCAGCAUCAACAUCUACAACGCCACCGUUUGAAUUCAACGUAGGCCGACCUACCAACUUUGACUUCAACGCAUUUCUACAGCGAAAAGCUUCCCUCCGUGACAGAGAAAUUCAUCUAUCUCUGAAACGUGAUUUAGUCGAACAUAUUUGGCUACGAUACGGGCCACGUAAUUAG